UUUUGCUUCAAAGUGAGUGAUAACUUGGCCAAACGAUUUUUGCUCCAAUCACUUGGCAAAAAAUGGAGGGAACAUAGGAUAAAGCUUUGGAAUGAUUUUUAUGAUCCGAGGUUGAGUAAAAUCGAGAUCAUAAAUAAUGCACCAGAAGAUAUUGCUCCUGAUCAAUGGGCUUUAUUUGUAGAAUAUCGUUUGAAACCUGAAACUCAGAAACUUUGUAAGAGGAAUCAAGAAAUUCGGCAAAAACAAAUAAUUCCUCAUACUUCAGGUGCUAAAUCAAUUGCAAGAAGAAGGGCUGAAUUGACGGAAGAGACGGGAAAAGAAGUUAGUAGGGUUCAAAUGUGGGACAUCACUCACAAGAAAACAGAUGGAAGUUAUGUUAAUGAAAAAGCUAAAGAAAUAGCGGAGAAGAUUGAAGCACAUAGCAGCCAACAACCGAUGGAAUUAACUCUUAAUUCUCCUCUUGAUGCUCUUGGAGUAGUUUUUGGGAAAGAGCACCCUGGUCGUGUUCGAGGUUUAGGUAUGGGAGCUGUUCCAACAAUUGCUUUCAAGAACAACACUACAAGGAUUAGUCAAAUGAAUUUAGGUUCUUCAAAUGAUGUUGGAACAUCAUCUACUUGUGGUCCAAAUGUGCAAGAAGAGUUGGAUACCGUUAAAGCGCAAUUGCAAGCGCUAGUCUCCUAUAUUGCUUCUAAGGAAUGAGGUAAAAUUCCAAUACAAUUAGCUGGAAUGUUCCCUACUCAACAAGUUUCACAGGGAUUGGAUCAGGAGAGUGAGAUUCCAUCACCAAAAGAGUUAGGAAGUAGGUUUUCUGGAGCAAGCAACAAGGAAGCUUGAUAUGUUAAGACGUAUAUUAAGGAUUAUAUGUUAAGACAAUUAUAAGUCAGAAUUAGUCAAUGCUUGUUAAGGAUUAUUUUGAUACUUUGUUUUUUGGAUUAUGACAUUUCAAUUAUGACUUGGAUUAUGACUUUUGGAUCAUGUAUGAAUUAAAAAUCAUCUUA